UAUAAAAAAUAGAACAUUUAAAUUAAUUUUUCAAAUAAAACUAACUACCUACAUAACUUAUACCUAGUAAACCAUCGAUAGUAAACAAACCGUAGUUUAUCUAUCUAUUUAGUUUAUGCAACAAACAAACUUUGCUAAGGUUAUCCUAAAAAAUACAUACCUACAAAUAACUUAAAAAUUGUAAAUUACAUUGAUACAAAAUAAAAAUAAAUUUUAGAAUAAAAAAGUAAUUAAGAAAGAAACCUAGAAAUCAUACUGAAGCAACAACGGAAUGAAAAGAAGAUCGAGUUUGAUCGAAUCCGUAGAUAUUAGCAACAUAUUUGUGAGUAAAAAAAUAUCGACUUUAAACAGUAUCGGCGAGUGCAAAAUGUUCAAAAACACGAUUUGGUACAAAUCUCUUAUGGGGGCAGAGAAAUCCUGCCUAAAAGAAGACAAGAUAAAGAAGGUUCAUUACAAGUUUGAGGAUGGUAGAGAAAUGGUAGAGGAAUAUAAUACUGACACUGAAGUGUUACUACGAAGAGCUUGGAAAGUUAAAGGCAAGCUUGGUGGUGAAGGAAAGUGGGAGGUGGAAGUUGGAGAUCCUAUUCCUGAUGCAACACCUAAUACAGAAACAGCAGAAAUCAUUGAAAGUCAAGAUCAGCCAAUUUUAACAAGAAGAAACACAAGAGUAAACCUAGAAUGGAGGAUACGAAAUCUGCCAUAUCCUUUAGAAACAUAUUCCAUAAGCGCAAACAACGAUGAGAAGUGCAUCAUUGUAAGGACUACCAACAAAAAAUAUUUCAAAAAGCUUCAAGUGCCUGAAAUAGCAAGAUUGGGCCAGCCUUUAGAGCAGGCCAAUAUUCAGUCUACACAUCAGUUUAACACAUUAAUUAUUAUGUAUAAGAAGCCACAGCAACUACUAGACAUGGAUAAGGAAUGGUUUGAGGAACUCAAGAAGGUGAAACCUAUCAAAGAUGUACCUAAUGAUUGCAAAGCACAAUAAAUAUGUUUACUUUAAA